AUGGAAUAUGCUGAUAAGUUUAAGCAUAUGAUCCGCUUCCACACUCUGGAUAUGGAUGAAGAAUGGCAAUGUAGGAAGUUUGAAAAUGGCCUUGGAGGAGAUAUCAAAUUGCUAGUAAAAGGUUUAUGUAUUAAGGAGUUUCCUACAUUAGUGGAGAGGGCCAAAGUGUUAGAAAAGACCAAGAAUGAAGUGCAAGGUCAACAAAGACAGCCACAGAGGAUUGGUGGACCAUCUGGGUCCAAGUUCAGUCAUGGAGACAAGAGGAAGCCCUAUUCUAAACCUCCAUUUCAAGCAUUCAAAGGAACUUCGUUUCAUCCAUCAGGUCAAGUAGGACAAUCUAGCGUGGUGAAGUGUUUUCGCUAUGGAGGACCACAUUAUAAGUUUGUUUGCCCUCAGUUAGUUGGUCCUAUGAAGUGUUAUACCUACGGGAAGGAGGGACAUUUUGCCAGGAAUUGUCCCACAUCUGAAGGAUCAAGGCUUCAACAACCAACUAAUCAGCCUCAACAGAUGGCAGAUACCAAACCUCAGGCUGUGGGCAGAGUGUAUGCGAUGACCGGAGCGGAGGCAACUGGGCCAGGUAAUCUUAUCAUAGGCAAUUGUUUAUUGUUUGGGAAAGCUUGUUGUGUUUUGUUUGAUUCCGGAGCUACGCACUCCUUUGUGUCUGAUGAUUGUGUGCGAGAGUUGGGACUGCCUGUGAGUGAGCUACAUUAUGACUUAAUAAUAUCUACUCCAGCUUCUGGCUUAGUUAAGACAUCUCUAGCAUGUACUAGAUGUCCUGUAGUAGUAGAAGGAUGUCAAUUUAGAGUUAAUCUUAUCUGUUUACCUCUACAAGGUUUAGAGGUAAUUUUAGGAAUGGAUUGGCUAACUUCCAAUCACAUUCUCCUAGACUGCGGUGCAAAGAGAUUGUUAUUUCCUCAAGAGGAAGAGUCGAGGAUAUUAUCUUCGGGGAAAUUGUGGCGCGAAGUACAAGAAGGGUCGUGUUGCUUCAUAGUGUUGACACACAUAGAGGUUAACCAGAGUGGAGGGAGCAUAGAUCACUUAGUGGUGAGUGAUUUCAUGGAUGUGUUUCCUGAAGAUGUACCGGGACUGCCUCCUCAAAGAGAGAUUGAGUUCUCAAUUGAUCUGAUACCAGGCACCAGACCAGUAUCAAUUGCUCCGUAUCGGAUGGCUCCAGCUGAAUUAGAAGAAUUGAAAAAGCAGAUAGAAGACUUGCUUGAGAAGCAAUUUAUCAGACCAAGUAUUUCACCUUGGGGUGCGCCAGUGUUGUUGGUCAAGAAGAAGGAUGGGAGCUCCAGAUUGUGUGUGGAUUACAGAUAG